CCAGAUCUACAGUACCAAGUCUCAACACAACACGACAGACAGACGCCAGCGAGUCAGUCUGUCCACUCAAGCUUUCACCUCACAAGUUCAGGAUAAACCAGAAGUUUUCAUGUCUUUCGGAAUGGCCGAGCGGCAUCAGGUGCGCGCCCACGACUCCAAGCUCGACAACGCAGAGGAGAAGAAGGCCGACCAACACACCGAGCACAAGAACACCCCCGCCAACGACGUCUUGGACGAUAUCGAUCUCUCGACCCCCAUCAUCGAGCUGGAUCGCAAGGAUCUACUGAUCGUCAAGGACGGCACCGUUCGCGUCGCCGAGUCCCUCGACCGUGAGCAGCAGCAAUUCGACGCUAACGGAGAAGUCGUCAAGGCUUCGGGUACCUGGACCAAGGCCGAGCACGAACGCUUCCUGCGCGCUAUGGAGACCUUCCCCAAGGGUCCAUGGAAGGCCAUUGCCGAGAUGGUGGCUACCCGUACGGUGCGUCAAACGCAGACACACGCUCAAAAGUAUCGGGAGAAGCUCGCACGCCGCAUGCGCGGUCUCCGCAACCGCAACGGAACCCUCCAGACCCCACCGAUGACGGUCGGUAUGGUCGCGGGAAUGGGCUACCAUCAACACGUCUCGCCCUACGCCCCUCGCGUCUACCAACAAACUCCUCACCCUGGUGCCAUGGGCUACGUAGCCCCUGGAACAGCUCAAAUGGUGUCUGCCCCAAUGGCCUCCAUGGCGGCCAGAACCAUCCCAUUGGCCCGAGCUACUUCACUACCAGCUAUGCCCAUCCACCGCUCGUCGUUUCACCACCACCCUACCACCUACGCCUCCACUCCCAUGUCGGCCUCAAUUGCCAUGGUGAGCUCGGAGUUCAGCCAACUGAGCACCUCUACAAUCUCAAGUGCGUUCAUCGGAAACGCCUCCUACCCUGCGUCGUGGGAAGCCGAAACCAAGCCUACCGUGCCCGACUUCGACGAGUCCAUGGACUUCCUCAUGGAUGUGUACUCGUCCAACCCCAACCAGAUCAACACGGCGACAUCGCAGUCAUCCGGACUGAACGUGACACCCACGGCCUGCAUCCCACGCACCCCGCAGACCCCCACGCCUUCGUUGGCGAUGAAGCGACACCCGGGCUACGGAUUCGUCCAACCACACGCCAAGCACUUUACCCACGGUGUCAACAGAGAGCAGGGCACGAAAGGCGUAUAGUUCGACUUGAACCACUUAAUUUAUUCACUUUUUGACGUUC